AUGCCCCCCGCCCAGAUCAGCGAUAAGCAAGGCCAGCCCAUCCGAGAAGGCGACGCGGUGUGGACCAAAGUGCGCGGCGGCCGGCGCGAGGGGGACGUCGAUCGGGUCGUUGAAUCGGAGGCGGAGGCGCGGGACGCGGGGGUUAAGAAUCCGCCCAAGGUCCUCUUCAAGGAUCAGCACGGCCAUGAUGUUGCGCAUAACCCGGGGACGCUUGAGCAUAAGUGA